AUGCACAAGAGAGGCCAAAUUAGGGUGGGUGCCAGAGUAGAGAAAGAGCCAACAGUGGCUGUAGCCUCAAAUCUUCUUCAUUUUUCUGCUGCUCCUGUGGCCACUGAUGUUGUUGAUUCUGCUGCUGCUGUUGCUGCAUUUGCUGAAAAGCCAGAGAUCCUUGUUGCUGUUGCACUUGGUACUGCUGCAGCAGCAGCUGAUACUCUUCUUGAUGUUCGUUGUAUGCAGUCCCUUCCAAUUGAUAAUAUUGCUGCUGCUGACCUUGCUGUAGCUGCAGCUGUUGUGCAGCUUGUGCUAAUUGCUGAUACUGCUGUUGCUGUUCCUGUGGCAGGUAGAGUACAUGAUGUUGUUGCUGAAGUUGCUGUGGCUGAUACGAUGAUGGUUGAACCUGUUGCGGCUGAAUGUAGUAUUGCUGUUGUGAAAGUGGCAGCUGCUGUUGAUUCUGUUGCUGCUGCAGUGGCUGAAGCUGAUGCUGUUGGUAUGGGGCUGGAUGCUGCUGUUGAAGAUAGGGCUGCUGCAUUUGCAAAAGCUGGUUCUGAUAAUGUUGUUGGAGAAGCUGCUGCUGCUGCUGGUAAUGAUGUAGCAAUAUCUGGUUGUAUUCUUGGCUAUUCUGCAUAUGCCCAAGCUGCUGACUACUGA